ACCCGGUUCCCUGUCGUCUGCGCCAACACGAGUGGGUGUACGUUAGAAAUCAGUGUCGAUUCGGAUUAAGAAGAACAAAAACUCAGCACAAGAGUAGAGUGUAAUCUGUAAUUGGAAAGUGGUGGUUGUGAAUUUUAGAAUAAGUUUAUGUGAGAGUGUGCAGUUUGUCGCUGAUAAGUCCAGCUGAUCGGAUUAGAAAUUGUGUAAAAUAAUUGUGAGCCGGUUUGUGUGCUCUACGUUUUCGUGUGACUCCGUGCAGUGUAUGAUGAAUCCUUCCAACGAUGACCUACCGAAAUAUAUGUACUCAGCAGCAGCAGCAUCAUCAUCAUCAGCAUCACUAUUCUCACUGUCCGAGCCAGCGUCGAGGUCUUCCUUUGCCCAGGAUGGUGGUAGCAGCAUUGGACUGUUCUCUAAUGGCAGCAGUUCGGCGCUGGCAUCAGCGGCGGCUAAGGCGGCCUCAACGGCUGCGACCGGAUCUGCCCCGACGAAGAUUUUCGACAUCGAUUCAACCGGUGCCCUCGGUACCGCUGCCGGCCGGGGGAUUGGUGUCCCGGGUGACCCAUCGGGGGAUCACAUGAUUUUCCGUGGGUAUAGCACCGGAAUGCCAUCGCUCAAUCCGCUAGACAUUGCCGGAACGGAGGCCGUCCUAGGUGAUGGCGUGGCCGCCAGCGGAGAAUGGAUGGACGUCGUGCUGCUGGUGCUGAAGGCAUCGUUGAUGAUGUUCAUUAUCGUGGCUGCCAUAUUUGGUAACUUACUCGUAAUUAUAUCAGUUAAGCGACAUAGGAAGUUAAGAGUUAUAACAAAUUACUUUGUGGUAUCGCUCGCCAUGGCUGACAUCAUGGUGGCGAUGAUGGCCAUGACAUUUAAUUUCAGUGUACAAAUUACAGGAAGUUGGAAGUUCGGAUCUUUCAUGUGUGACGUGUGGAACAGCCUGGACGUGUACUUCUCGACCGCCAGUAUACUGCACCUGUGCUGUAUUUCAGUUGAUAGGUAUUAUGCAAUAGUGAAACCACUUAAGUAUCCGAUAAGCAUGACAAAACGAGUCGUAGCCAUAAUGUUACUCAAUACCUGGAUAUCACCAGCACUGUUGUCAUUCGUACCAAUAUUCGCCGGUUGGUACACCACGGACAAGCACAAGGAGGACGUGCUUAACAAUCCGGACAGCUGUUUGUUCAUCGUGAACAAACCGUACGCUGUCAUCUCCAGUUCCAUCUCGUUCUUCAUCCCCUGCACCAUCAUGGUGUUCACCUACUUCCAGAUAUUCCGCGAGGCCAACCGGCAGGAGAAGCAGUUGGCACUGCGCCAAGGUACUGCCAUGUUAAUGCACCAGCACAACACGGGUGGUGGUGGCGGCGGCAGCGGCAGUGGUGGCGGCACGAACGGAGAAGCUCUCAGUGGAUCUGGUUCGUCCAAAACGCUGACCAUGCACGAAGUGGACGCCGAGCAGACGCCCACCAAAGAUCGACAUCUGAUCAAAAUGAAACGAGAACAUAAGGCUGCACGAACGCUCGGGAUCAUCAUGGGGACCUUCAUCCUCUGUUGGCUUCCGUUUUUUCUAUGGUACAUCAUAACGUCGCUUUGCGAUUCCUGUCCCAACCCGGACAUUGUGGUUGUUCUAGUCUUCUGGGUCGGUUACUUCAACUCGACCUUGAACCCGUUGAUCUACGCCUAUUUCAAUCGGGACUUCCGGGAAGCAUUCAAGAACACGCUGGACUGUAUGUUCUGCGCCUGGUGGCGCCGGGAAACAUCCCCGCUGGAUAUCAACGUGCGGCGAUCCAGUCUACGGUACGACUGCCGGGCGAAGAGUGUCUAUUCGGAAAGUUACCUUCGGCCGUCGCAGAACGAUCGCUUCCACAGUGAAGUCGGCGAAAGUCUCUAAUACCUUCUUCCAACCCACAGCCCACCCAUACAGAUGAAGUGAUAGCGUACCUUGUUUGCGAAAUGUGUGUUGAAAGGGAGAGAGGAAGGUAAGCGGAGAGAAACUAGCAUAACAAUCUACCGAGGGUUAAAGUUGACUAACGAAAACUUGUGCAAUACGAAGAUAAUUAGAAUUAAUUUAUUUCAAGCAAUUGUUUUGAAUGCUAGUUAAAGUGGAUCUAGUGCUGCCAGAACUAGGUUUGAUGAGUUGCUGCCAUUUUGGUCUGUAUAAGACAUUCGUGUGAGGUUAGAAACUAUUUCAUUUAUCAGGUUGGAGUCAGUAUUUUAGAUCACACACACAUCAAAUUAGAUUCUGUUAGAAAAUUGUGUUUGUUUAGUAGGUAAUCCUAAACUGACAGCACUGGAGCAAACACAGAAUAAUUGCGCUGCGAACGCUCGUGAUAUAUAAUAAAAACGGAAAGAUAGAACACAGUAGUGAUUUAGGUUAAAUAAAAUUAAAACAAACUUUCACGAGAAGAAAUUUCGGGAUAGAAACGCCACCCCGCUUCUCAUGUGAUGGGAAAACGGACGUCUGAAAGACAGCUAGUGUACAGUAGGAUGAAGUUAAUUUAUUUACGUUCAUGCUUUUGGAUUUGUUUUGUCAUUUUCCCCCCUGGUUUUGGUUGCUUUCCAGCACUACCCCCGCCCCGCUGGAUCCCGGAAAGGGAAGAUUGCAGAAAACAGUUGCAACGGAAUGAAAUUUCUCGUUUCGCAUUUUCAUUUGGCGAGACCCGCAGUGGACACAGUGCAACCAACCAACUCGGUUUUUCCCAUUUGACAGAGUAAAUAACUGUCCGGUUCGUACAGUCGAGUCAAGUUCGAGAUGGUUCUCAAGAUAGAGAGGACGGAAUUGGUACCGUAGAAAAAAGUUUCUACCAAAAACAAGUAACUCUGGCAAUUAAUUACUGGUUGCAGAAAAUGGGAAAUGAGUGAUUUCUUAGAACUUUUUGUUGUCUUCCGGACAAAAAGGGUACAGGGAUAGUAUGCUUCUCGUCUGGAAGUGAGUCGAAACCAUGAGGGAUUUAAUUGCUGGUGCGAGAUUGCCACUAAAUGAUGAGGAGUGAAUUUAAUGACCUUUUUCGCUUUUAGUGCAAAAUUUAUCUGCUACUGCAAUAACGGUGGACUUCGUUUGGUAUUAAGGUCGGUUAAUUAAAUAUCAUUGCAACAUAAAAAUAACGAUGGGACACACUAUCUGCAAUCAGUUACAUACUCAAAUAGGAGUCAUAAUUAUAAUCACGUUUAAAAUCGAGCAUUUAUAUAAUUUGCCAAGCGGAAUCGAUACCAUGCAACGCUGGGACAUGCAUCGUGAUUUUGACUGACGCACGUGCAAUCGAGCAAACGGAAAGCCUAGGGUGAUGAGCCUAUUCGCGCCAUGUUUCUAUUAUCACCCUACCCAUUUGAAGCCGUUGGUUAGAGCAGUGUCUGCCAUCUUUGUUCAGCGCAUUGAGUCAAAUGGUAGUGCAACAAUAGGGCCACUCGAUUCGAGUUUUCAUUGCGCUCAAACACGAGAAUGUUACUGUUUUCAACGCAUUUGUGUUAUUAUAUUGGUUCUUAACAACGAAGCAAAGCGGUUGAUGUCAAUUUUUACGCAUUCCAUUGAUUGUAAGGCAAGAAAUUACCGAAUUAGUGAGGCACCUUGCUUAGUAUGGUGAAAAUAGGCUCAUCACCCUAUAAUACCCCCAUAUGCGCAUAGGGUUUGAUAUGGGUGUUUGAAAUGGGUUCAACCCAUGAUUACAGCAUCACCACAGUCCGGUAGAUUCCAUAUAAAAUACCAUAUGUUGCUGUUUUUAUGGCUAAUUUAUGGUGUCUUGAUGGUUGUGAAUUUUGGCACGGAACGUGUUUAAGGUCUUUUCAAGGGGCUAUGUUGUGUUUGAACCCAUGAGUAUUUGCUCGGGUAGUUGAACUCAAGAGCAUGGAGACCAGGUAUAGAGUUCUAUGCAAAUCAUUUCACACACACUAAUCCAGCUGUCAUAUAUGAAAUUGUCAGCCGAUUUAAACGUUUGAAAUAGCUCGCCUAAAGUAUUUAUAAUGGUGUUGAAAUGCUCCAUGUCGCUGUAAAACUUAUUCCGGAGACGUACAAUACCGGUUGGUCAGGUUCCAGCACGAAAAUAAUCCGAUCGAAAAGUUAAUUUCAAUUUGUUUUACUCCGCCUAUGGCAGGUGGAGGAAAACAAAUCGUUGAACGCACUAAUACAGUUACAGAUUGUAAAGUAGUCUAUAUUUUUCAAAUGUUAUCACGAAUAAAACUGGAGAUAAUUUAAAAUAGGACGUAAGUAAAAUUGAGAGCCUCCCUUCGUUUACUUUCUCUUUAGAUUAUUACGUCAUUGCACUAAUUCUCCAGUACAUAUCGAAAGCCGAGGGUUUUCACUAGAAUAUUAUGUAAAGUAGUAGUAGAGUAGUAAAUGUUGAAACGACCGAGUAAUGAACAGUAGAGAAUGACCCCAUUGUUCUCAUCUCUCAUUGUUACUUACGCUCUAUUCUAAAAUUUUUCUAGAAAUGUCCAUUUGUCUUCAACGACCAGGAUUCUGAAUCGGUUUUCGAUUUUGAGGCAGAAUUCUGUCAGAAAUCAGUCAAGACAUCCGAAAAAAUUUGGCUUCUCAAUUAAAAACCCGUCUUUACAGCCGUCUUCACAUCUGGCAUCGCUGCUCGAGAGACUGCCCUUCCAAUGAUCAUUCCUGGGGAUAGACCGCUUCCAACAUCAAAUCUUGUAUUUAUUGGCAAACUUUGAAGGCUUCUGCUUCCUUACUUCCUCCGGAACAUCAAACUUGCGCUGGGCGGUGAAGAACAGUAGCCCCGGAAGCAGUCCGCCUUGAUGUAUGUCUCAUCAUCUAUGAUGAGACAAUGAGGUUUCCUCAGCAUCUGGGCCGUGACUUAUUUUGCCGUUCGUUGCGAUUUGGAGCCUUCUGCACUUUUUACGUAUGCAGAUUGCAGUCCCUGCCGGUCCUUGGCUCUGUGAACGAAAGACUUAGACAGUUUCAACUUGUUGGCCACAUUCCUGACCGAAGCAUUGGGAUUCCGCUUAAUCGCUUUCACUGCACGCUUGUGGUCCUGAUCACUAAUAGAACAUCCAUUCUGACCGCAUUUCUCCUUCCGUUUGAUGCUCAGAGUUUGAUAGUAAAGUUUAAUCACACGACUUACCGUUGACUGCACGAUCCCAAGUUGUUUUCCGAUGUCCCGAUAAAAGAGUAGAGCAUUUUCCCGUGGCUCGCACAAAAUCCACUCGCGACGUUGCUUUUCCAGUGACACCAUUUUUUCAUCUUUCGCAAAGUUGACAGCGAUAAAAAUACAGUAUAAGCAAUACACUCUAAACUACUUCUACCCAAAUUUGCAAGAGAAAAUACCUAAUAGGUUAUUUUCUACAGAGUUUUUUCCGUACUGCAAUCUGAUGUGGGACACCCUUUAUUGUUCAAAUAUGCACACACCUUAGGCAGAUUACCUUGAAUCUGUUCUGUUUUUUGUCAAAUCUGUCACUUUUCGUCUUCUUAUCCGUGCACGCUCUUCUUUCCUUUGAGGCAGACCCGCGGUUGAACUGAAUCGGAUGACGUUUCCACACGAACUUGACGAUUCAGCAUUUGCUCUUUCUGUUUAGAUCACACUACCACAUACUAAAUAGUCUAGUUCACUCUGAAGAAAUUCGGCAUCGGUUGAAUCCCGUGUCUGUCAAAAAGUCUUCCUACCGACAGUGAAGGAAAGACAUAGUUUUAUAUAAUUUGACGUCACUAAAAUAGAGGGGAAAUAUGGCUGAACCGAGAAGGCUUCCUUGCGGGAUGUCGGACAUAGUGAGAAAUGCUUCAAUGCUCUUUUCAAAUUGCUUUCCAUCGAGAUAGGCAGAAAACCUAUCUAGCUUGGUUAUUGCGAUAUCAUGGUUGACGUCGUCGCGGGAAGGUCCAUAUGAAUAACAUCAGUUUGCAGUCCGUCGGCGAAUCCGUCGAGUAAACAGAAGCAGGUUGGUCGUUGUCAAUUAUUUUGGCAUAAACCGUGUUGGUCAACUGCGAUGUAUGAUGCUUGCAGUAAAAUAGAAUGGUGGAGUCUUAAUCGACCAGCUCUAACAGUUUUGAUACAGUAUUCAGCCACGAAAUUUGCCGAUAAUGAUCGAUGUUCAUUGUUCAAUUUGUAUCACUUUUUGUGUACUUGAAACAUGUCGCUCGACUUCCAACAGGAAAGUAAUAUUCCAGUAACAAGAGCUAGUUUGAAGACUCGUCGGAGUGGUUCAAGAGGCCCGCUGAUACCCUUCUAGCCAUAAUCGUGCCUUCAGCUUGGAAUUCACUGAUCUCACCCUACCCUAACUGAGAGUUUCCUGGCGACGGAAUUUCUCUUGGUACAAUUCCCCAGCUUAGUUACGAUACACUCGGAUAGUCCCCGGUGGCGAAUUUACCCGACUGUGAAUUUCCCGGCGGUGGAUUUCCCUCGAUACCGAUGCUCGUUUUCGUGAACCACUUAGCUUCCCACUUCAUCGAGCUAGCUGCUAAGUACCGAAGUCUGUCCAGCGUAUCCGAGUGGAGCGUAUCUUCCGGUUCACUGGCGCCUCAACGAGCCGCCGCUAGCUGUUCGACUACUUCUUCUGGUCCUCGGUGGUGGAUUUAGCCUACUCACAAGUCUCCCGGCAGGUGUUCCAGAUCGGUUCAGCGGUUCCAGGUGGAGCAUGCCGUACAAUAUACCGGCGCCUCGACGACCCACAACCGGCGCAUUGGCGCGAACUACUCGUGCUAGUCCCCGGUAGUGGAUCUAACUUACUCCACGGCGACCGCUAAGGUCCACUUAUUCGAAUUAUGAACAUUGGUUAAAAGUUCGUUGAUCUCUGCUCCAUUUCCAUUGACGUUCCACUAUGUUCUGCGUGACUACUCAACGGACGGUAUUCCACGUCCUUUCUUCUUUACCCAUCUCUUCUACGACAUUCACUGCGCUAAGGAACGCCAUCUCGCUGUUGCACUUAGGGUCGGCAAUACUAUUCACCGAGGUCCUACUACUACUUUCGCUAAUUCGUGUUUGCAGUUUGUUGCCAAUUGUUAUCUUGGCUAUCCCCUCUUCCACGGGCAAACCGGUACAAUACCGUGGUUGGUUCGGUGGUUCCGGGUGGAGCGUGACUUUCGGUACACUGGCGCCAUGACGAUCGCAACUCAUUUAGUCCCCGGACUAUGAGUGAAUUGCGUCGACGGAGAGCUCCCCGUCGGUGGACCUUCUCCCGAAAUCGAUUUUGCUACUGCUGUGCAAUCUUCCGCACAGACAGUGGCCAGGAAGCAUCCAUGCUCGGACAAAACCUGCGCCAAAUGGAAGUUCCCUCUCCAUGCUUCCAUGUACACGCUUUGUGUGUACACGCAGACACAUUUGGGAUGAGUCAGUGAGGUCACCUUCCGUUCACCGCGUUGUUCCACAUUUGCUGCGACUUAGCUAAUAAGUUCGUUCUAACCACCGGCCAGGAAACAUCUCUUACUGCAUCUUGCUCCUCCGUUGCUCGGCACGAUCUUUGCCAGUUUAAUAAUCAAAUUGAUUAACGAUAAAGAUUUCUUGCAGUUAAAAUAAACCGUAACUGAACAACAGGAAUUGCAAAUAGCUCUGGGGUACAAAUGUACCCCACAAAACCGAUCUAGCGUUAAACAUUUGAAAUAGCUUGCCAAGAGUAUUUACAAUGGUGUUGAAAUGAUCUUUGUUGGUGGAAAACUAAUUCCGGAGAUUACCAUACCAGUUGGUUAGGUUCAGUGGCGUAGUAGCGAAGCAGGGGGGGGGGGGGAGCUUUGAGGAGAACACUCCCUCCCUCCCUCAAAAUAUUUUGAAGAAAUUUGAAAAAAUGAAUAUGUUCACAUUCUGUAGUCCUUGGCUGAUGGCGAACAUAGACUGGAGAGUGUGCGAGAAGUAUCCCCAAAGAGACCACCAGGCGAUUCACUACCGCAUCGGCCAAUGGAACCCUGCUGCAGCACGGAGAAAGUCGACCGGUAAGCUAAAGUGGAAGACGAAAGUCUUUAACAAAAAUCUCUUUGUUGAGUCACUUCGGCGAAGAAUCAAGUACGAUGAUGCGGCUGAUCUAAUAAGAAGGAUUGUGACGGCUUGUGACGUUACAAUGCCACGAAAACUGGAGCCAUGCGGUAGACUACCUGGUCACCGACAUCGUACGACGAAGAAGAAGGAGCUAACAUAGCCGUUUGGCGAGCGACUAACCUCAUCGUGGUUAGUCGGUUGAUGUGAGUACAAUCAAAAUCCCCGGUCCUGAUGGAAUACCAACCGUGGCGCUGAAAGCUACGAUCCUGGCAUAUCCGGACAUGUUCAGGAUGCUACUGCAGAAGUCUUUAGAUGAUGGCGAUUUCCCCGAAAUGCGGAAGGUACACCAGGCCAUCCAGCCUCGUAUAGGCCAAUGCCGCAGCGCUGUACAGAAGAAUGAGCCAGAUUUUGAAGAGCUACUUCCAGAGUAGAGUACUGUUGUACGAGACGAACAAAGGGCAGAAGGCAAUGCGAGCCGCAGCGGGUGUUCCUCAGUGCUCCAUUCUCUGUCCAACUCUUUGGAACGGGAUGUACGAUGGGGCCUUAACACUGCGGCUGCCCGGGAAAGUUAAAAUCGUGGGUUUUGGGGACGACGUGUCACUAACGGUGAUGAGUGAGACAUUUGAAGAAAUGGAGGUGUCUGUGACGAAGACAAUAGAUGCGGGGUAAAGCUGCAAAUAGCUCACCACAAGACGGGUGUGUUGUUGGUUAGCAACUGCAAAGCGGUUCAGCGGAUACAGAUCACCGUCGACGAGCAUGCGAUUGCAUCGAAGCGUGCUCUGAAGCAAUUGGAAGUGAUAAUCGACGACUGGUUGAGCUAAACAACCACGUGGAUUACACCUGUGAAAUAUCGGUCUAUUAUCUAGUGUUUCGUCAUCGAUACUGCGAUAUGGGGUUCCUGCCUGUGGUGUGGCGUUGAAAACCAAGCGGAACCUCGAAAAGCUGAACAGGACGUUCCGGCUGAUGGUCGUGCGAGUUGCGUUUACGUACCGGAAGCAGUAUGCGUUAUCGUCGAGAUGAUCCUCAUCUGCAUCACCCUUGCGGAGGAUAUCAAGUGGUACAAUCAAUCAAAAGUCAGAAACGUGAGGAAGGUGAUGAGAAUCGAUUAGAUGGUGACGUGGCAGCAGGAAUGGGACAAUGGGGGAAAGGAAAGUGGACUCACCGGCUCAUCCAAACCUGUCGGCGUGGGUCAAUAGAAAGCACGGAGAGAUUACCUUCCACCUGAAACAGCUCCUACCGAGCCACGGCUGCUUCAUGAAGUAUCUUCAUCGGUUCGGGUACGCAACGUCACCAUUGUGCCCGGAGUGUGAGAACGUUGAGGAGACAUCGGAGCAUGUGGUCUUCGAAUGUCCGAGGUUUGAAGUGACGUUCAGGGAGCUACUUGAAACGGGAGGCCCAGACAUCAACCCGGAUAAUGUAGCCUACAGAAUUACAAGCGAUGCAAAGACGUGGAACGCAGUAAACAAAGUUGUGAUGUAGAUCAUGAUCGUCUUACAGCGAAAACGGCGUGAUGAAUAUCGAGCAACGGUUUGGGGGAUCCCUGCCAGGGAGCUCUCCGCAGGAAUAAGCUAGAUCUAUCGCCGAGCACUAAUCGAGUAGACUGCAACAGAGCACCAAGUACGAGUCGUCGAAACGCCAGCGAACCGGACGCCACGCUCCAUCCAGAAUCGCCAGACCGACCAGGGCACUCCAACGGUUAUUCCGAUAGAAAUAUAGCGAAAACCAAAGAAGAAUCGGUAUCGGGAGAACUUCUUUCGCCAGGGAGCUCUCCGUCAGCGUAAGCCAGAUUCACCGCUGGGGACUAGACUGAGUAGACCGCGACGAGACACCACCGGUCGCGGGUCAUCGGGACACCAGUGAACCGGACGCCCUACUUCACCGGAAUCGCCAAACUGACCUCGGUACCUAGCUGAUUGGCUCGCUUUCAAACUUCUCUCGCCGGAAACUCUUCGUCGGAGUAGGCUAGAUCCAUCGUCGGGGACUAGAUCGAGUAGUUCGCGAACAAGUCGGAAGCUCAACGAGGAAGUGGUAUUAAAUGGCACAAGGGAACUGAAGUGCUCAGUAAAUUGGACAGACUGAAAUUUGCCGCUCAGAGUGUUCUCGUAUUUUAUAUCGUUGAUGAAGAACAGUUUUCCAGAUUUGCUACGAGUGCAAAUGUCGUUUAUGAAUUAAAUAAAAAUGAGAGGCCCUAGGUGGUUUCCUUGGGGGACUCCGAUUAACAUAUCGAGCAAGCUAGAAUGUAUUGAACCAAUUCCAACGAAAGCACUCCGACUAGACAGGUAUGACUACAACCAUCCAGUUAACCACGGAGGAAAUCCUAGUCUUUACAGUCAGAAGAGCAAUGUUGUGAGGUACUUUAUCGAAUGCUUUUGAGAAGUCUAAAUAUAUUGCAUCGGUUUGUUGACGCUUCUCAAAAGAGGGGACCAAGAUGCUAGUGAACAUCAUCAAAUUUGAAGUUGUAGAACGUUGCUUCACAAAUCCAUGUUGACAUUCGUCGGUGAAAAGUUGAUUAAAAACUUCAGUGUAAAAUGGCUGAUACAUAAUGUAACUUUUUCAUUUGAGCUCUCUCUCCUUCUAUGACGCCAUAAUGUUCAUUAUUCAAUUGCUUCGAGUGGCAUUUGGCUGUCAUAAUAAACACAGCUCCAGCGCAAACUAAUUUCAUACGAUAAACAGACGAAUAAACACUGUUGUUUCCUUCCUGAAUGGUUUUCAAAUAAAAUCCAACUCUACUUCCUAAUUCUAAUAUGAAAACACGAGAUGAACUCGUGUUGUGAAAAUAAACAGCAAAUCUGAGUGCAGCUGCCGAUUUCGUUCGCAUCAUCGUUUACAACUUCGACCAAAUAUUUGUGUUAAUUUCCGUUACGUACAUAGUCUGUUCGACAAAUAGUUGUUCACUCACUAUUCCGAAGCCGGGCACCAGCCACCGUCAUUGCCAAGUGACCCAGUUCGAUUCGGUUAACUAGUCGUCAAUGUGAAAUAUCGGCCCGAAAAAUAAUUAAUAAUCAAAACUUCAGCCGACGCAAAAUUUCACCCCCACCUCCCCUUCGAAUGCAUCUCAGCCAAACGUCUACCCGUCCUCCUUCCAACCAUCCCGCCAAGCUCGUCCAAUUUGAUACACUUGCUUGCCCAGCUCGCUUUGAUGCCUUUUAAUUAGUCGGCCAACUUUCGGUACGCUAAUUCCACGACAUCGUUACCGAUUUUCCUUGACAUCUACGAAAGCCCUUCUCUCAUUUGCUUUCCUUCUUUCCUCGGACCACGCCUGUACGGAUUGGGUGCGAGCAACAGCGCGUACCGAGACGUGUCAUUUGCUGUUUUGGGUCCGGUUUAGGUCACACGCUAAUUUUAUGAUCACCACCCUACGUAACGACACGUACACUUUGAUGCUGGGAUCGCGCUAAAGUGUACACGGAAAAAUAAAACAACCUACAGAAUAAGUUCUUUUAACUUACUUUUCAGUUGUGUGUCGCUCUUUCGCACUUAUUAGUUCUGUCAAAAACAAAAUGAGAGAUUCGACUCAGUCGAGGUCUUCCGUGGAGGGAGGUAUUUUUGAAUUGUUUGGGGUAUACUCAAAAUUAGGUAAAUUCAACUUAACCCAUUCAUGCCCAUGUUGUUUGUGGACAACAACGAUUUUAAACAGCUAUAACUUCUGAUUGAGGCAAAAUUUGCUCACAAAAACAAGUAAGGCUAAUAAAUGUGACAAUUGGCUUUCAUUUAAGUAUUAACAGUUACAAGGAUCGGCUCUAGAACUGAAGUUAUUGCAAUUAGUCUGAUUGAACUCCGAUGGAGCAGUGCUGCCAGGGACAGUUUACGUUGACGACGGAAAAUUAAUUUUCCAUACAACUUCGUUAUGUUGCAAUAUAAGUGAAAACUGGCAAAACUUAUAAAUUUAGAGUGCCUUUGGCUAUGUUUUCCACGGAGUUGGACUAUUGUAAAUAUUCUAGGAGAAUUGUAAUGAGCAUUGGAAGGUAAAAAUUGAACAGCUUCUAGCACAGGAAGCACCUGCCUUUAUGAAAAAAGGUUUUUCGAGUUUCUUGACCCCACCGUUUUCAAGAAAAAAUAGUUUUGAAACCCUACAUGCACUAGAAAAAAGAUGGGCAUGAAAGGGUUAAAUUUGAGUAUGAAAAACCUAUCAAUUAGUUGUACUUUUUGCCAUGGUUAAAUGGAAACUACCUUCAACACGAUAUACCUAAUUUUACCUUCCUCCACGAUACCGCGAGAUUGACUCAAAAGAACUCAAUUUUAGGUAGUUUUUCGUUUGCGUGUAAUGAGGGAAAACACAGUGAAAACCGGCGAAAAAUUCAUCUUAUUUUCAUCUCUCUCUAUCUCCUAGCUGCUAUAACCAGCCACAGCCUGUCUGUACAAGUAACGAGCGAUUUAUUACCCCUCUUUACGCUUGUUUAACGACAAGCACCUCACGGUUCGACACCCGCUUCCAUCACCGCGGUGGCGGCAGUGUAAUAAAUUGCCGCACCACUACUGAACGAGUACAUGUAAUUCGGUUCACUGUCCAAUGUUCACUAUAGCGUACAUCCACUACAAAGACGAAGUCGUUAGAAGCAUUUCUCUAGCAAAAGCUGAGGAUGGAAAGAGUUUGGUCGUUGUGAUGAAUCGAUUGUCUUCCGCCACCCUUCGCCCGCGUUCCACCGGCCGAAUAAAUCAUACUCAAGUUUAGUCUAGAGAUGCUUUCAGGCUGAUCCAUGCUAAUUGGGAAACUGCUCACUGGGUGCACAGUUGCAGAGAUCCAUUUAAUGAAGCACUCAAUUUAAGGUGAGACUUGUCGUCGAUUGGCGGAUUCUUCCAGCUCUCAUUCGGUUUUAACUGAGGAUGUUACAAACUAAUCAGCACUUUUAAGGCGCUAGGAGUAUUUUGAAAUUAUCAAUUAGAAAUUGGUUUGCGUGCACAAAUGAUUUCAAGUGUUUUUUAAUUUGAAUGUGGACUUGGACAUUUCAUUGGAUCCACUAUGUUUAAAAUUAACUUCCACUUAAUAUUCAAAGUGGAUUACCGUGCGACUCCAUCGUUUUCAAAUAUUCAAGAACCGUGCGAUUCCUCGUAAUAGCACAUACAUUUGAAAGGUUAAUAUUAUUUCGGAGAAUCCUUUAUCGAAAGAAACAACUUCUUUUAGUAUAGGAAAACGCAUACACACGUGCUGCAUUUUCGUAACUCACAAGCUGCUUUACUUUUAGAUCAUCAUCGAUAUAAUUAGCGCUCAAAAAGUAUGUUUUGAUGGUCCAUUGCCAGAAUCAAUUUUAUGGUAAGAAGCGUCAUCUUGCAUUAAUUUAGAACUUACCAGCCAGGCCCACACACGAUGCUCAUCAUCGCGUUGAACGAUACUUGUAGGUACAUAUAAUUAUUUGCCAACGACGAACGAGCGCUUCACUUAGCUUCGAAUCACCCUAUUAAAAAUUCGUGCAGAUGAUAUUCGUUCCGCUUGUCCGCUUCGUUGCGUCGUCAUCCUUAAUCACACCGGAGAACCAAAAUUAGGCCUGUACUAAGCUUAUCCUCCCCCCUCGCCUGUCCUCCUUACUGCCGCUCGGUUGGAGUUUAUGAGCUGGAACGGGAUAGUGAACUACUUCCGGGGACUGCUCCCGUCCAAGGGCGGAUUUAGGGGAUCUGUAACUCCUUCCCUCCGAACUUUUUCUAAUUUUUGAUUGAUUUUCGUCAAAUGAGGUUAGUAUUUAUAACGCAUUAAACAAUCUUCAUUUAAAAAUCAAAAUUUCAGACAAAUCCCCCCUAAAUUUGUCUGAAUCCGUCCCUACUCCCUGUGAUACAUGUUCACUAAUUUACUUCUAUACGUAUUACACCAUCUAAUAGCAAAUUACCGCAAAAGUUGAGCAGAAGAAAAAUUGGACUGGUAACAAGUUAAAUAUGGCGUGUCGCGCUGCGAGGAAAAUUAAUUAUUUCCACUGCCAGAACUGGCGGCGCUGGAGAGAAUCGAUGUCUCUAAGAAAGAUGUAUCCGGUAAUUAAAAAUUUUGUUUCUAUGUUGACAUUGCGACGGUUAUUUGAACUAUCAAUUGAAUCGUUUUCAGCACAUUUAUAUCUUCUCGUGGCACACGGAAAACUGAUUUAUCACAACUUAAACCAAAAAAGUAGUUAAUUUUUUGAAUUCGACUGGUUCACAUUCUGGCGAACAGAGUUUUUGUUGAAAACAAUAAUCUAAAGCUGUUGUUUUGAUGCUGUUAGUCCACGAACGUCUCAGCCGAAGGACGACACUUGAAACGCUUACCCGGGUUAAAGCUUAAAACGGUUUUUUGAGUUUUUAAGGUUUGCUUCAGCCUAGACACAAUUGCAGUUACACAACCGUCCCUAGCUCAAGGUGUAGUUCCGUACCGAGGACUUGCUGCAGGGUCUAAAAUAUGCCAGUCGCGCACGGAGCAUUUCGGGUUUUGCCCUUACUGUGUUAUGCGAAUCUCUGACACAGUGGACCGUUAUUUUCUUCGCAAAUCACGGGAAUUUAAUUAUGAUCGUGUUUUAUUCAAACCUGAUAUGGGUCGCUACGGGCAUUUGCAUCCCAAAUUGCUGUCCUCUUUUUUUGUGCAAUAUGAGUAGAAAAUAACUAACUCUAAACAACAAUGGUUAUAAUAGCACAAAUCAAUCUUCAGCAUAAACUUACAAGAACUAUGAAUCUAUCCCGAUGCAGGAAGGUAAAGCUUCUAUGGCAUUGGUUCAAAAAUCGUUAGGAAACUUAAGCGUUAUGUGUCCAACAAAAAAAACGCCUUUAACAGGCCAACGAGGGUACCCGGGUACCCAAAAAUUGAAAUGCUCAUAACUAUGGCUUCCUUUAACCGAUUUGGAUACUUUUGGAUGUUUUGGAUUCAGGCACUCGUUCACUUUUUGAUUCUGUAAAAAUUAAACCAGAUGAAUACAUAUGAUUCUUGGUAAUCCCGAUUUUCCGGAGUAAUGCUCCAGUACUAGUGCAUGAUUUGUAAAUUUUAAUAAUGCCCUUGCAAUAUGAGUAUCAAAACUCUUCAAAUUGUCUCGGAAGUCUAUUAUUUAUUGUUACGGAACCCUUUGACAAUUUGAAAAAUGGAAUUGGAAUGGAAUAGCCACUCACGGCCUCACGAGAACCUGCUCCGGAUUGUCUGUUCCGGGGUCAAAUCACAGAAUGGUUACAAAACCACGAGACAGCCUACUGAUGCAAUUCCAACAAUUUUGAUACCCAUAUUGCUACACUCACGCAAAACUUAGAGCGAAAUUCAUCAGAUUUAUCUUAUGAUGCAUAGAAAAAUAAUAAAACUAUGUUUUCAUAAGAUUAAGAUGAAAAACAUACGAUUUUUAUGUUUAUCUUAACAUUUUAGGCGAUAUUGCAUAUGCCAGUUGCUUGAAUUUCAUAUGAGCAUCUUAUGAUUCUCAUAAACAUAAGAGAAAUGUAUAAUAUUGUCUUACACUCAGGCAAAAAAUGCAGCGAAUUUCAUAGGAAUAUCGUAUAAUUUUUAGCCACAAGUAGCACGUAUGGAAAUCAUAAGAUUAUCUUAUGAAACGGCAUAUAUUUUGUCAAAACGGUUUGCUAUGAUUUCAUGUUCCAUAAGGCAUCUUUGUUUUAUUAUAAGACAAUAUUAUACAUUUCUCUUAUGUUUAUGAGAAUCAUAAGAUGCUCGUAUGAAAUUCAAGCAACUGGCAUAUGCAAUA